UCAACUUCUUAAAGCUCAUCUCGGAAACCUGCAUCACAAUCAGCGCUGAAGCUCGGCGCGACGGAGCGGAUCUUUGGAUGUGUUUUACAAUGGGUCCGGAUCUCAUCUCCACAGCCAAGCCUCACGUUAUAAUCUAUCGGACGAGGAAGGCUAAAAUUUACGUCACACAUUGAGACGAUCUGCAUUGCAAAUGGCUGUUCAAAGUUUAGUACAUUGUGGAAACGCAAGGCUGGUUUUUCCUUUCUGUCUAGGUUUCGACGGUCCAACUAACCUUUAUGUAACUAUGAUCUAACUGAAGGCGCUUUGCUGUGAUCAGACUUUGCCUGCGAGCAUCAUCCGUGGAAAGCACUCAUUCAGCGGCGACAGCAUCACCAAUGGCGUGAUCAUACGAUUCACUGUCUUUGCAAUGGAUGAUAAAUCCAACAAACUCCUUUUAGUGCCUGUUUUGACCGUUUUAUUUGUCAUGAUCGGCUAUCAGUACGUCUGUCCUGCGGGCAGCACGUCCUGUCGGUUUGGUAAUGGAGAGAGUUUUCCGUUCUCCAAAUAUCCAGCAGACGCCAAGAGAAAGUCUCCGGAUCCGGACGAGGACGCUCCGUUUAGAUUCCCGUCUAAAUUCAACUUCACGCGCGAGGACCUCGAACGCCACGUGGAUUUCGACAUCAAGGGGAACGACGUGAUCGUGUUCCUCCACAUCCAGAAGACCGGAGGAACGACGUUUGGGAGGCACCUGGUGCGGAACAUCCACCUGGAGCGACCGUGCGACUGCCGCUCCGGCCAGAAGAAAUGCACGUGUCACCGACCCGGUAAAGCGGAGUCGUGGCUCUUCUCGCGCUUCUCCACGGGCUGGAGUUGCGGGUUGCACGCGGACUGGACCGAGCUCAUGAACUGUGUCCCUGCUGUCAUGAAUAAAAAGCAAAAAAAAGAUGCGCCAUUGAACAGACGGAACUUCUACUACAUCUCGCUGUUGCGGGACCCCGUGUCACGUUACCUGAGUGAAUGGAAGCAUGUGCAGCGCGGCGCCACGUGGAAGACAGCGCUACACAUGUGUGACGGGCGUCCUCCCACUCCAGACGAGCUGCCAGCCUGCUACAGCAGUGAAGACUGGACCGGCGUGUCUCUGGAGGAGUUCAUGGCCUGCCCCUCAAACCUGGCCAACAACCGCCAGACUCGCAUGCUGGCUGAUCUCAGCCUGGUGGGCUGCUACAACCUGUCCUCGAUGAGCGAAGAACGGCGCGCCGAGUUGCUCCUCAGCAGCGCCAAGCUCAACCUGCUUCGCAUGGCUUUUUUCGGCCUAACUGAGUUCCAGCGCAAAACACAAUUCCUUUUUGAGAGGACGUUCGGCUUGCACUUUAUCACCGCAUUCACUCAGAUUAACGGGACGCGGGCGGCCGGGGUCACGGUUGGGACGGCUACCCGGAGGCGCAUAGAGGAGUUGAACGCACUAGACAUGCAGUUGUAUGAAUAUGCGCGGGAGCUUUUCUCACGGCGCGUGCAGUACUGCCACCAUCAGGAGCGGCAGAAGGAGAGAGAGAGGAAACGACAGCAACGCAGGAGAAUGAAGGAACAGAAAGCAUCGCAGAUGGAUGACAAACGAAAAGACUUGGAGCAGGAAAAUAUGGAGUUAACUGGGGUGACGGAGGACUACAGCAGUCAGGUGGUGAGGUGGUGAUGCUGUGCUCUCUGCCUGUGUUCAGAAUAACAUACUACCCUUACUAUCGCGGUAGCAUAUUUUGCACUGCGCCUACUACACACUUAAAAUAGGUUUUCCAAAAGGAGG